UAGUCCACUCGGUUUCGUUGGAAAAGCGAUUUAUCAGUUGGGGUACUGCCCUCGUUAGUAGUUUUCUUUUGUUGGAGUUAGUGUUUUGCAGUUUGUGAUAAACACUAGUCAAAUAAAAGAGUCAUACUACGUAUCGUAACGCACGCAUACAAUCAAGUCAAGGACUUAUAAUUAGAGGAAAUAUAAGUGGUCACACACUUCAUUUCGAUUUCUAGCUACAACAACCAGUACAUCAACAACAACGACCAGCUCAUCAAGUGAGUAGACUAUAUUUGAUAAAGUGUAACAGAUCUCUUCCUUCUCGAAAUUUAAACUAUGUUCUAGCAUCAACAUCAACGUCAUGGACUACAGCGACUACUUGUAAUUAUUCUGAUAAUGAACUUUACUUUCUCAGUAAAUAUUAUGUCUACUUUGUGUCUAUUUAUUAAAAGGUGGAGCAGCUGCAACUACUGCAUGUUCAUCAGUUUGUACACCAUGUACAUCAUCAACAUCUGGUUUGCUCAUGUCUUUAACGCAGGCAAAUGCUUCAGCUUGGACUGGUACACCUGGUAGUUACUCCACAAUUGGUGGUUAUGCUAAUUAUACAUACAGUUGGGUUGCACCUGGCAGUACAGCUACAAUUAAAUUUGCAUUUUAUACAGCUUCAUCAGAUGAUUAUUGGAAUUUAGAUACAGCUUCUGUUAAAGAUACAGCUAAUAAGGAACAAUUAGUAAACGGAGAUUUUAAUUAUAAUAAUUCAACUGGUUGGAAAUUCACAUGUCGAACUGACUGCUCAUCUGUUCAACGUUUUGGUGUAUUAGGGUCACCAAAUUUGUGGCUUGGUUGUACUGGUACUGGUACUGGUACUGGUACUGGUGUUCAAUAUCAAUAUGCAAGUCAAACAUUUUUAACUGUACCAUGUAUGACAUACAGGGUUAGCUAUCAGAUUGCUCUGUAUAAUCAUAGUGGUAGCACUGCUAAUGCAUAUAUUUAUAUUAAUUAA